AUGCGUAAAAGUCAAGUUUUUGUUGGAUCUAGCCAUCCAGAGCUUGGAAAGGUGAUCUGUGAGCGACUUGGCGUCGAGCCUGCACCCUGCAAAGUAUCGAAGUUCGCUAAUGGCGAGACCUGCUGCGAUAUUGGUGUCUCUGUGCGCGAUACCCAUGCCAUCAUCAUUAUGGGAAGCUCUGAUCUCAUUAACGAUAAAAUCAUGGAGAUGCUCGUUCUUAUUUCCGGUUGCCGCGGUGGAUCAGCCUCCAAAAUCACCGUGGUUAUCCCCAUGUUCCCUUAUUCCAAGCAAUCAAAGAUGAAGAAGCAUCGUGGGGCUAUCACUGCCCGUAUGCUUGCCAACCUCAUUGUUAACGCGGGUGCCGACCACGUUAUUACCAUGGAUCUGCACGCUUCUCAGAUGCAGGGCUUUUUCUCAAAGCCGGUUGACAACUUGACUGCAAGCCCUACUCUUGCUUGGUGGAUUCGUCAGAACGUUCCUGACUACCGCAACGCAGUCAUUGUGUCCAAGAACCCGGGAGGAACCAAGCGGGUUACCGCUUUGGCCGAUGCACUCAAGGUGAACUUUGCGAUGAUCCACACAGAUCGCCGUCGUACCAAGAAUCGCACCAUUCGCGAGGCUUUCCCCACCACCAACAAGCUUUUGCAGCACGGUGAUGACGAGGACGAUGAUGAUAGCAUUAGCGAGCCAAGCAAUCCCAUGGCUGCCUCCAUCAACACUUUCGGUGAGGUCGAAGUUAGCUCCCCCGUUUCGUCCUCGGUCGAGAUUGACUACACUGGCAAUUUCGCUAUUUCGUCUCCCACCGUCUCCCAGACCUUUUCUGAGCCGGCUGCCAGCUCUAACAUCCACAUUGCUCGUGUACUUAAGGGCCAUGUUGUUAGUGAAGAUGACAAGGCCAUUGCCGAGGAGUCUGCUGAGGUAUCUAGCGCGGCACUUGCUGCUCCCGAGGGCUAUGCUUUGGGCGGAUCUGGUGGCCAUAUUGAGACCGACGACGAAGAAAUCGACUAUUCCACCGAGCAAGUUAUCGCGCUUGUUGGUGAUGUCAACGGCCGCACUGCCAUUCUUCUUGACGACAUGAUUGAUCGCCCUGAGUCGUUCAUUGCCGCUGCAGAACACUGCCGCCUCAACUGCGGUGCCAAGGACGUUUAUGUUGUUGCGACUCACGGAGUUUUCAGCAACAACUCGCUCGAAAUGCUGUCGGAGUCACCUUACAUUGACCACAUUGUCGUCACGAACACCUACCCCAUUGCCAAGGUUGUGCCCAAGCUGCACAUCAUCGAUAUUUCUGCGAUUCUUGCCGAGUGUAUUCGUCGUAACCACAAUGGCGAGUCUAUUUCAGCACUGUUCGAGCAAACGGCUGCGAUUUAG